UCGAAGAAGGAAGAAGAAAACCCUUAUUGGCUCUUGCUUCAUGGUAGUAGUUUUACGUACAUUUUAAAGUCGUUACAAAUAUAAAAAUGUUCUGUAUUCAGCAUUAGGUACCCAGGUGUUGUACAGGUGUUGGUGGCAAUGGAUCGUAAACUGGAGAACUCUGAGCCCAGCAGCCCACCCUGGGACAUGGCGGAACCAGACACCCCUGGACCCCUCAACACAGCGGUUGUCCUGGGAGAAAACGAGUUGCUGUAUGGCGACAUGGUCAGUCCUGGUCGCAACCCCAACAACUCCUCUUUCAUAAUCUAUGAGACACCGAGCCCUCAGUGCUAUCGCAGGAGACACCUUUACAACGGAGCUGAAAACACUGCCACUGUUUCUCUCCUGAGCCCUCCGUCUUUUGGGAACACGCAUGUUACCCCUAGCACUCAUUUUUCCAAACGCAGGAAACUUUCAGUACCAGCCACUAGCUUGAGAGGUGAGACCAAUCCUACUUCUUGGAGAACCAAUGGAUUUAUACCUGCGUCAUCUCUAUUGGAAACAGACUUUUCACAGGCAACUUGGCUGGAGCCACCUCGUCCACUACCCUCCUCAUUCAUGUCGUUCCCGUCCUCUCUUGGCUCGGUCGCAGCCUCGGAGGGGGUGAUGGCAGGGGAAGGGUUUUACUGUAACACUCAAGAGCCCAUGGUGGGUCCUACAGUGGAACCAAGGCACUGUCGAGGGAGGAAACGGACCUCGAAGCAAGCUAACUCCAGCUCUGCUAACUCGACUGAAUCCAGCUCCCAGGCACGUUCAUCCACUGAAGACAACACUCACUCCACAUCAGCCCUAUCCACAGGGAAGAACAGACUCAGGAAUCCCAAGAAACUUGCGUUUCCCACAACUCAGGAGCAGCUGGCCAAGCAUGAGGAGAUAGUCAUCAGCGAUGAUGACAACAAUGAUGUCAUCAUCCAGGCUAUGGUGCAGUCUGUGCAGCUGAAGGAAGAUGAGGCUUUUGCCCGAAGUCUCCAGGAGCAGUUUGACCGAGAGGAGCAGCAACAGCAAAGCAGACAGGAGGCUGUCAACUCCCUAAGACCCCAACUUCACCAUCACAACUAUUCGUAUGAUCCUCACUUUGCAUUGGGCUGGAUGUCUCCGUGGGCCACCGCAGCGAACCAGGCUGCUUUUUCUCCCUUUUUAGCCGGAUUCGACGGAGUGGGCCGCCGCACAGGAAGAGGUCGCUCCCGUGGUCGCUCGCGUCCCAGAAAUGAACGUCCUCAUCUCGCCGUGUUUGAACCCUUAAAUAAUAUCGGAGACGACUAUGAGGCUCUCCUGGCCUUUGAGGAACAUCAGGGUGCAGUGGUGGGCAAGAGCUCCCUGAGUAGGAGAGAACUGGAGAGUCUGCCAACCAAGACCUACAACCCAGCACACAGUGCCGGAAAGACCCAGUGUCAAAUCUGUUUCUCAGACUACACAGAAGGGGAGGAGCUAAGGAUGCUGCCCUGUCUUCAUGACUACCAUGUGCAGUGCAUAGACCGCUGGUUAAAGGAAAGCACCACCUGUCCUAUAUGCCGAGCUGAUGUAUCAGAGAUGAGAGCAAAUAUGGUUUGAUUAAACCUGUGAGACAUUGGAACAUGACCUCUACCUCAGUAGAAUGGAACCUCUUAAUUUACACAAACAGAAUCCAUGAUAUACACCUGGGUUGGUGAAUCCAUUCAUGGUUUUCUAGCAGGACCUUAGAUCUAAUCUAUUCUUUUUUUAUUUGAACUGCAUUGUAGUUCCUCCUGAUGUUAACUCUACUUGAAUGAAACUCAGGUUUUGUUUUGUCUGGCUCAUGUGAAAGUUUUUAUUAAAGGAACUAUUUUUCUCGUCAAAAUUUUGUUGAACUUUAUUAUAAAAAUGUCCCAUUCCU